AUGAUUUGCGGCAGGAAGAAAAAGGCGUGCGGGGAAAAGCAGCGCCGCUGCCACCGCCAGCAGCAGCAGCAGCUGCUUUCGAGCCAGCCGAGCGCAGUCGUUCCCAAACUCUCCGGGCACCGCGCCUUCAAAAAACUGGGCCUGACGGACGAUGAAGAUAUCAAGGUGAUGCUAAAAGGGUCCCCGUUUUGGAAAGUCAAGGCCAAGCAGGCGCAGAAGCAAAGGAUAUAUCGGCUGCAGGAAGACGGCAUGACAAUCUGGUUUGAGACCCGCUUCAAAAAGGCUUACUCCAAACAUGUCUUCUCCAUCCUGCACAUCGAAAGCGUGCGAGAAGGUUUUCAGUCAGAGGGGCUUCGGAAAUUCGGCGGCUCUUUCCCUGAGCAGCAGUGCUUCACCAUCGUCUUCAGGGGGAAGCGGAAAAACCUGGACCUAGCUGCCCGGAGUGUAGAUGAUGCUCAGCGAUGGGUGCGAGGGCUCACAAAACUGAUGGCCAGAGGCGAAGCCAUGAGCCAGCGAGAGAAGCUCGAACAUUGGAUCCAUGACAUCUUGCAGCAGGCUGACAAGAACAAAGACAAUAAGAUGAGCUUCAAAGAAAUAAAAAACAUGCUGCGGAUGAUAAAUAUAGACAUGAACGACAUCUACGCCUACAGGCUCUUCAAGGAGUGUGACAGAUCAAACAACGAUCGCUUGGAGGAAUAUGAGAUUGAGGAGUUCUGCACCCGGCUGAUGGCGCGCCCUGAGCUGGAGGAGAUCUUUCGCCGUUACUCGGGCGAGGACCGCGUGCUGUCGUCUGAGGAACUGCAGGAGUUUCUCCGUGACCAGGGCGAGGAAGCCAGCUUGCAGCGGGCUCAUGAAAUCAUCCAGUCUUUUGAGCUGAACGAGAAAGCCAGGCAGCACAAUCUCAUGAUGAUGGAUGGCUUCAUGAUGUACCUGCUCUCCUCGGCCGGAGACAUCCUCAACCAGGGCCACGCAAGGAUAUACCAGGACAUGACACAGCCGCUGUGCCAUUACUUCAUCUCCUCCUCCCAUAACACCUACCUGACGCAGAACCAGAUCGGAGGCGCCAGUAGCACUGAGGCAUACAUCCGGGCUUUGAUGAAGGGGUGUCGCUGUGUGGAGCUUGACUGCUGGGAGGGGUCCAACGGGGAGCCCAUCAUCUACCACGGCCACACUCUGACCUCCAAGAUCCUCUUCCGGGAUGUGAUUGAAAGCAUCCGGGACCAUGCAUUCAAGCAUUCUUCCUAUCCUGUGAUUCUCUCUCUGGAAAACCACUGUGGACCCGAACAGCAAUCCAAGAUGGCUCGCCACAUGAAGGCUAUUUUAGGGAACAUGCUUGUGACCCAACCACUGGAUGGUGACACGCCCAAACAGCUCCCAUCACCGGAGCAGUUAAAGUGGAAGAUAUUGGUGAAGGCAAAGAAGCUACCAGAGGACAAGGGUGAUCCCGAAAGAAUGAGCUACAUCACAAAUCCUGAGGAAGAAAUGCAGGAGGAAGAGGAAGAUAAGUCUACGCAUUCUCUUCAAGGGAUUAAACCGUUGCAGGCCAAGGAUGCCGGGCAGGUUUCACGGGAGCUCUCUGAUGUGGUUGUCUACUGCCGGUCCGUGCCGUUCCAAAGUCUGUCUCAAGCUCUGCGCCACCAGCAACCUACCGAGAUGUGCUCUUUCAGCGAGCGGAAAGCCAGGAAGCUGAUCAAAGAAUCAGGAAUCCCUUUUGUCCGAUACAACACCCGGCACCUCAGCCGCAUCUACCCGCUGGGUCUGAAGAUGAACUCUGCCAACUACAACCCUCAGGAAAUGUGGAACGCUGGCUGCCAACUUGUGGCGCUUAACUUCCAGACGCCCGGUGCAGAGAUGGAUCUGAACGACGGGCGCUUUUUGGUCAACGGCCGUUGCGGCUAUGUGCUAAAGCCUGCUUUCCUGCGCAACCACCAGAGCGCAUUUGAUCCUGAAGCUCCCAGGGGCAGGACAGGCCAGCGCCCGGUUGCCCUCACUAUCAAGGUGAUCACAGCUCAGCAGCUGCCCAAACUGAACAAAGAGAAGAGCUCCUCCAUCGUGGACCCCUUUGUGCGUAUCGAGAUCCACGGAGUCCCUGGGGACUGCGACAAGAAGCAUACCGAAUACAAAUUAAACAACGGAUUCAAUCCAUGUUGGGACGAGACGCUGACUUUCCAGGUUCGGGUGCCAGAGCUGGCGCUGGUGCGAUUCGUAGUGGAGGAUUACGACACAACUUCCUCCAACGACUUUGUGGGGCAGUUCACUCUGCCGUUGCCCAGCCUGAAGGAAGGCUACCGGCAUAUCCACCUGCUCUCCAAAGAUGGGACUUCUCUGUCUCCAGCCACGCUGUUUGUGCACGUCAGAUGCAGGAAGAUGUGAAAGGCGUUGGAUUGUCAAGAAUCCAAAUCAAAUCUGGCCUGCAGUGGAGGAGUGGCUCUGCUGAUUCCGAUAACCGGUCGCCGCUCACCCAGGUGUGUGCAUCUGGACCACACUGAAGAAGCAGCAUGCCCCAGCCCCCCUGGUCUGGGCUGAACCGGGUGUGCAAGCAAACCCUCGCUUGGAGAGUCCAACUCGCAUUAGGGUUAGAAGACUGAAAAAACCUUUGUGCUAUUGAAAAUAAACAGCCCAAGCGGUGUAGCAACUCCUAGAAAAUCUCUCUUCCGGACAGGGUUUUUAGAUCGGGGAGAGGGCCCUGGCCCACCCUCUUCCCCAUUAUGGUUUGGGAAGGGACCACGAGAUGGGAAUAUCUUCCUUAAGUUUCUGGCAGUUGCACGGCUCUCGUGAGAAGUAGCAAGUGAAAAGAUUCGUUGAACUAUCUUGCGUAGCUCUUGUUAGAACAGGGAUUUUGAGAACGGAGGCAAGGAGGAGCAGAGCUUUGAGGGUUGUGAGCAAUCUGCCGGUGGACGGAUCCUGCUCAAGGCUUCUAGUAUGGCCCUCUAAGCUGCAGAGGAAUGUGAGCCACAGACUGAACUGAGCCUAGGCUAGCCUGCCCAUGACAAUAAGGGUUUGGAGAGGAUUGGCCCAGCAAAGUGCACUUGGUAGGAAGUUGGGUUGAUGCCGUAGGAAACUCUGCCUUUGCUUCUUUAGGAAAUAGGCCAUUAGUCCUAUUCAACUGGCAGUCAGCUUGCGAAGCCAGUCCAGACUUUCAGCUAGAAACGCUUAAGCUAGCAGAUCAUCAGUCUAAAUCACAAGCCACUGACUUCCGAUUGUCCCAAAAGAGCAGGUCAGAAUUCAUAUUAUAACCCACCACUAAUCUCUCAAAGUAGUACUGUAUAUAUUGGUCCAAGCGUUAGCAAAUUACGGUAAUAUUAGCGUGCCGAAAGAGUUCACGUACAUGUCACACUAUAUUUUAAGAAGCUAGGCUCCGAACACUUUUUCCCUACUGGUUCUUUUGAAGAUGGGAUUGCUAUAAGCUGUCCUGUCCUUCAGGACAAAAAGGCUUGCUACAUCCACAAUAGCAUUUUUCUCUUGGUUAAUUUGAAAAGGGCACAUUAAUACACCUAAUCUUUCGGCGCUUCGGGUUGUUGCAUCACAUACUUUAAAAGCAGGCGCUAUUAGCAAGUUAACUAGCCAUUUUGCCACACCAUGGGGUCAUUUUGGAGCUCCACUCAACCUUGCCCCUUCUAGUCACUUAAU